GGGCUCCGCUGCCGCCUGGCCUAGCAGUAGCAGCGGCUGCGCUCCAGCGCGGCCCCUCUUCCCGCCCCGCUUCCCCUUCCCUCCCCUCCCCGCCCCGCGUCGCGCGCUUGCUCGGGGCGGCUCCGGAGCCCGCCGGGAGCUCGGCCGGAGGCUCCUCGCUGGGGCGGGGACCUUUCCUCGCUUAGGGCCAUAUCAUAAUUCUGAAUCAUGUCUGAUAACGGAGAACUGGAAGACAAGCCUCCGGCACCCCCAGUGCGAAUGAGCAGUACCAUUUUUAGCACUGGAGGCAAAGACCCUCUAUCAGCCAAUCACAGUUUGAAACCUUUGCCUUCCGUUCCAGAGGAGAAAAAGCCCAGGAAUAAAAUCAUCUCUAUAUUUUCAAGCACGGAGAAAGGAAGUAAGAAGAAAGAGAAAGAAAGGCCAGAAAUUUCUCCUCCGUCUGAUUUUGAGCACACCAUCCAUGUUGGCUUUGAUGCUGUUACUGGAGAAUUCACUGGCAUGCCAGAGCAGUGGGCUCGAUUACUGCAGACCUCCAACAUCACCAAACUAGAGCAAAAGAAGAAUCCUCAGGCAGUGCUAGACGUCUUGAAGUUCUAUGACUCUAAUACAGUGAAGCAGAAAUAUCUGAGCUUUACUCCUCCUGAGAAAGAUGGCUUCCCUUCUGGAACACCAGCACUGAAUACCAAGGGAUCGGAAACAUCAGCAGUAGUAACAGAGGAAGAUGAUGAUGAUGAAGAGACUCCUCCUCCUGUUAUUGCCCCACGACCAGAUCAUACAAAAUCAAUUUAUACACGAUCUGUAAUUGAUCCUAUUCCUGCACCAGUUGGUGAUUCUAAUGUUGAUGGUGGUGCCAAGACUUCAGACAAACAGAAAAAGAAGGCCAAAAUGACAGAUGAAGAGAUUAUGGAGAAAUUAAGAACUAUUGUAAGCAUAGGUGACCCUAAGAAAAAAUACACAAGAUAUGAAAAAAUUGGGCAAGGGGCCUCUGGCACAGUUUUCACUGCUACUGAUGUGGCAUUGGGACAAGAGGUUGCUAUUAAGCAGAUUAAUUUACAGAAACAGCCAAAGAAGGAAUUGAUCAUUAAUGAGAUUCUGGUGAUGAAAGAAUUAAAGAAUCCCAACAUAGUUAAUUUCUUGGACAGUUACCUGGUGGGAGAUGAAUUGUUUGUGGUCAUGGAGUACCUAGCUGGAGGAUCACUUACUGAUGUUGUAACAGAGACAUGCAUGGAUGAAGCGCAGAUAGCUGCUGUGUGCAGAGAGUGUUUACAGGCAUUGGAGUUUUUACAUGCUAAUCAAGUGAUCCACAGAGACAUCAAAAGUGACAAUGUGCUUUUGGGCAUGGAAGGAUCUGUUAAACUUACUGACUUUGGUUUCUGCGCUCAGAUCACCCCUGAGCAGAGUAAGCGGAGUACCAUGGUUGGAACGCCAUACUGGAUGGCACCAGAGGUGGUUACACGGAAAGCUUAUGGCCCCAAAGUAGACAUCUGGUCUCUGGGUAUCAUGGCUAUUGAGAUGGUAGAAGGAGAGCCUCCAUACCUCAAUGAAAAUCCUUUGAGGGCCUUGUACCUGAUAGCAACUAAUGGAACCCCAGAACUUCAGAAUCCAGAGAAGCUUUCCCCAAUAUUUCGGGAUUUCUUAAAUCGAUGUUUGGAGAUGGAUGUGGAGAAAAGGGGUUCAGCCAGAGAAUUGUUACAGCAUCCCUUCCUGAAACUGGCCAAGCCGUUAUCCAGCUUGACACCACUGAUUAUGGCAGCUAAAGAAGCAAUGAAGAGUAACCGUUAACAUCAUUGCUGUGGCCUCAUAUUCUUUUUUCCAUUUUCUAAAAGAAGUCUUUUAAUAUAUGAAAAUUAUUAUUCUUUUGGGGUUUAAAGAAAUGGUCUGCAUAACCUGGAGAAGAAAAAAAAAAACUACUACUUCCUGACGACAACCAAGAAAAAAUUGCAAAACAGAAUGACAACUUUAGGGUCCAAAAGGAAUUGUGGACUGAAUCACUAGCCUUACGUCUUUGUGCAGAAAGCCCAUCAGGGCCAUUUAUCAUGCUUGAGAUUUGCAUUUUAUUUUUCCGAUAUCAUUAUAAUAGAUCCCAUUCAUUGUCCCUUUUGGGGUGUUUUCAAUACUUGAAUGGCAGAUUUGAGUUUUUCAGAGUAUUUGUUUUAUCUGCUAGUCUUCUUUUCUCUCUUCUUCAUAGCUUUCUUUUUCCUUGACUUUCUCCUUUUGAAUUGCUUUGAGAAGUGUUUCUUAUGCCUAAAUUGGAGGCAAGUGUGAUGGAAAUUAUGUAGCUCCUUAUAUUGGCAAAAGAACUCAGUAUGGUUUGACUUUGUAUAGAAGUUAGAACCAGCUGUUGUUACAUGUAAUAUUUCAGUUUAGAAUUUGAGCUGAAGGGAAGAGAAGUAUGUGAUUUUUACCUUUUUUUAGCAAAUGUGAAAGAGUCAAUUUUAGAAAUUUCAUGGUAGUGAGUUGUUUGGCAUUUGUUACAUGUAUAGAGAGAAGACUAAUAAUCUAUAUUUAUAACUAAAUCAUUGAAACAAAAAAGAAUCCCAUUGACUAUACAUUCUUAGAGCUUUUUUUUUUCCUUCCUGUGUCCACCUCAGACUUUGCUUUAGGACUUUGUGCCACUCCUUUCCUGUUCCCUCUUUUUCCCCCCUUCAUUUUGGAGAUAAGUUUCUGUAUAUGUUGUAAGUUUAGCUAGUUUGUUUGUUUUUUAAUUAACCCUCUCUCACCCUACUCCUCCCUCUCCCUUCUCAUGGUAAAUAAUAUAAUAACCAUUGAAUUUUAAAAUCUAAAACUUAACUAUUUUUUUCCAUUUAAAGGUGAAAAAUGUUUGGAGUUAACAAAGUGAGAGACUUGAACCUUGGUGAGCUCUAAAAUAAUUAGAUAAGAUUAUAUUAAUGGAAGAGAAAUGUCUGUUACUUAGAGAUGUAGCUUCUGACCAGUAAACUGUAGAGAUUUGUGAUAAACAUUGUUCCCAACCCAUUAUCAGCAUUCUACUGUCUGUGAAAACUUAAGUGACAAAGUACUUCUUAGUAAAUUCAUGAGUCAUUUGAGAUGUUGAGUUACUUUUGAUUUUUUUCAAAUAAGUAAAUAAUAUCCAUGUAAAAAACUGGAGAAAGAAGGAAUAAUGAAAUGUGCUUGUUAAUAGCAAUACUGUUUUUAUUUUAAAGAUUUAAAAAAGGUCUGUGACCUGUAGCAUUAAUUAUUCGAGUGCCCUCUCUUCUCCCAUCCUCUCCUGUCCUUUUCUUCGCUGGUCAUUUCAAUUGUUUGACUCUUGAAGGCAGUAUUUCCCUUCUGACAUGGCAAGAGCCAUGUAAAAGAGAAAAAUCUGUGGUUUGGUUCUGGCUUUUUAUUCCCACCAUUCACUCAUAAUUGACUUCACACCUACUUGCCAUCCUGCAAUAGUACGAAUUGUGAAUAAAAAUAAUUUUGAUGUUUUGAAGUGCAUUAGGAGAACUGAUAGAGUUUUAUUUCCUAUCAUUCCCACCAUAUUUGUGUUAAGAUAUAGGUAUAAGGAUAGAAAUGGCUGGUGGUUGGUUUUUGUUUUGUUUUUUUUAAUUGGUAAUGCGAUGUUGGAGAGUUACACAAAAACAAGUAAAAUAAUUCAUGGAAUUUGUAUCUAGAGCACUUAAUGGUCUCUGUUUUCAGUUUGAUUGUUGAUUUUAUUUUUCUCUGGAUUAUAUUGACCUUCUACAACUAUUACUAAAUUACAGAAAAAGCUGGUUUAUCUGGUGGAAAGCUACAGUGUCUCUUGAGUUCCAGAUUUGGACAUUCUUUGUAAAUAGUUGUCUGGAUGGAUUAUAAUAAAGAAGAUGUUACCAGUGAAAUAGAAAACCAACUAAAUGACACGAGACUGUGAUCCUCAUGACCACUCUAGAAGGCACUUCUAUACAUAAAUCAUAGAGACCAUAUUAAUUGGAUGUAGUGCCAGUGCCCUGUUUUUUUGCCUGUGACUCAACAGAGAUCUUUUCAGUUUGUAGAAGCAGUUUGGGUUUGUAUUUACAGCUUCUCUAAUGGUCACCUGCAUGUCCAUUGCUGGCAACGGACUUUGUCAUUAAAACCUGACUCCUAGGUUAAGGGAGCUACACUGUGGUUUAUUCUUUACUUACUUGGAUAAACUAACUUGUAAUAGAAAUAUACUUUGGUUAAUUCUGAACUGUGUCAUUUUUGAAUAAUCUUAAUCUUAAAAGCAAUACAGAAUUGUGAUUUAUUAAUUUUAAAUUAAAGUGUUCACAUCUUGUUACAAGAAAAAUUAUAUCUGAAUCAAGAUUCAUGGUUUUUUCUUAAUAACUGCCUUUUGUAUUUACCCUUUUUGUCAUUACUGUAGAAUGAAAAUUCUCAUUUAAAUCUAAAAAUUACCUUAGUAGUCUUCUUUUGUUGUUAAGACAAUAUUACUAUAGUAUUUAUUAUAUUUCAGACUCUCUGGCAGUCUAAAAGUUUCCUUUUCCUCCUGUUCCUUUUGCUGCUUUUAGGGACAGUUAAAACUGGGAAACCAUGAAAAUAUUGAAUAUUUUAUCCUACCUAGAAUAGUAAAAAAACAAGUAGAGUGAUUGUGCUAGCAUAAGAAACUAAGGCUAACACAACUCUGUCUUUAUGUGUUGAGUGCCUGGCACAUAAUAUAAAUUCUCUUUCCCUCAAUAUAUAAAUAUUAAGCUGCUUAAGAUGUAUCUAGUUACCACAGUCCUAAAUGACCCUGUGCCUUUAAUGAGCAAUUUAAAACUACCUAUGAGUAUUUCUUUGUAGGGCUCACAUAAAUGCAUAUUUGUUUAUAUAUACUGUAUUCUAGUUUGGAGUAAUUUUAGAUCUGAUCAGGCAGUAACUCUAAUUAGAACAAAAUGGGUGCUUAAAAAUUUUGCAUUAGUUUUUUAGUUUAAAAGUAUACUGAGAUUCAUAUUGAGUGAAAUGUCUAAAAUCAUUGUAGACAAUAGCUGAAGGCCAGGUUAAACUUCUUUGGGGUUUUUUAUAGCGAAAUUCAUGGUAAUAUAAAAAGCAGAUUGUCUUCCUUUUCUCAACUGCUCCCACAAUAGAGAAACUGUUAAAAUCAGUUUUUCCCACAGGUAUAUGAGUAUGUUUAAGAAAGGGAAAAAGAAAAUACACACACACACACACACACACGGAUUUUAUUUCUCACUAACACAUUUAUUGACCACAUUGACAAAAACACCGUGGUGAAUACUGUGAGGAUUACAAAGGAGAACUGAGCACCGGCCUGGCCUUGAGAGAACUGAAGUCUUUCUCACUCACAAUUCUAGAAUGUUUUCAAAUGGAAAGAAAAAAUGUAUGAUAAUUCUGUCAAACAUACUUUCAUUCUGUGUUGAGCAGAGAAUUAACUUUGAAAUUGAACAUCUUUGGUAGGAAUGUCUUGUGGGGUUUUUUUUUUUUUGGUAGCUAGAAAUGGAAUUAAGUGAAAGUAACUUGUUUUCUGUUUUGUCUUCAAAUUUUAUAUUGACUUAUUUUUAAUUUAAUCCCAUUCAAUUAUUUAAUUGUUACAUUGACAUUAACUGCUGUAUUUGAUGACCUUGUUCAAUAAUUUUGUUCUUUCAGGGCUAGAAAUAAACUUUUUAAUGUUCAUUUUCCCUUUUCAUAAACUUUAAUUCUUUCUUUAGAUCAGAGUAGCUUAAAAGAAUAUAUGUAAUAGGUUUUCAAAGUACAUUCUAGUAUUUUUAAGGAUGACUAUUUUUUAAAUGUGUCAUGGCACUAUGAAUGUAUUACAGAGCUCCAAAUUAGAAAGACUUUCAGAAAUCAUUGAUUAGUAAGCAUGAGCCUUCCCUCUUCUAAAUCAGGUUCAGAAUAAAUUUAUUCAAAAUGAAACGUGCAGUGUUCUAAGGCAUCAUUUCAUUAUACACAUUUAAUUUGAAUGUUGGAUAUCCUGACAUGGAGAACAGAUGCAUUAUAGAGUUCAGGAUGAAAAAACAAAAUUGUACAUAAAAAAGUAUGAGGAUGUAGGCAAUGACUGCUUAAAAUAUUUGUUACACUAUAAAACUGCUUAGUGCUAUUCUGACAUUUGUAUUUCUUUAACUAUAGCAAAUGCUCAAAACAUUUAUCUCGGAAAAGUUUAAAAAUGCCUGGGCGAUUGAUUUGAUUGAAAAGCACUAUUUGUAGGAGCUUGAUACAUGCUUUACUACUAUUUUGAAAUUUGUGACUUUUUAAAAUUAGAGAAUUAUUUUUUAUGCACAUCAUUUUUUAACAAGCUUUAUCUUUUGAAGAGGAGGAAGAAGAGUAGAACAGUGAAGGGAAAGGUCUUUUUUAAACCUCAUUUUUUUUUUUUAGAUUUUUAGCAAAAUAAUAUGCAUAGAUAAUCUUUAAGGAGUCAUAAUAAACAGUACCAGUCCUCAGCUGUUGGCUUCCUCACUGCAGAGUCCUGCUCCACAGAGGCAUCUGCUUUUAACUUUGAACUGGUUUUAGCAUGCAUUAAUUUUCAGAUUUCUAAAUUAUAUACUUAUGCUGGUAUUUUUUGAUAUUUCUGUAUUUUACUUUCUCUAGAAGCUUCCUGCUAUUACAGUUGAGAAUUUGAUUACUAUGCCAUUUUCCCAUUUUUACUCCCUCUACUCUCCCAAUUAAGAAGGGUGGCAAAAUUUGAUUAGUUGUCAGUUUUUAACCCAAUACUAUGUGGGAGUGUUGAUCAUUUGAGUAAUUUAUUAUCACCAUGUGUCAUUUCUUGUUCAACUUUUUUGCUUUUCUUAUUGUCAAUCUUGUCUUUCGUUUCCUUUGAAAGUUUCUAUGUUCCCAUCACUAAGUUUUUCCAGACUCAUCUCAAAAGCCCUCUGAAGGCUCUUUUCUAUACCAUUAAAUGUCUCCGAUAAGGACUGUUCCUUUUUCUGAUUAGGGCUUCAGUUUGGGCUCUUGCUUUCCAGGCCUUCUGCCCUCUGGCAUCUGAAACUGUUUCACUUUUCGACUGAAUUUAGAUUUUUUGUUUUCUCUUGUUUGGUUUAUUCUUCAUUUUGGAGAAGUACAUAUUUCAUUAGUGUCCUGAGGAAGGGUGCAUAUGGGUUAAGAUUUUUAAGAUCUUGCAUGUCUGAAAAUGUCUCAGAUUUAAUCGAUAAUACAGGAUUUUAGGUUGGAAAUCAUCUUCCUUGAGAAUUUUGAAGUCCCUACUUUAUCUGUAAAACCUGCCAUUUCUGAUAACAUCUUUUUAUGUAACUCAUUUUUCUGCCUCUCUGGAGUUUUUGUUCUGAAAAUUUACCUUGAAACCUUGGAGAGGGUCUAUAUGUUUAGCUUUUGGCGGGCCUUGAUGAUAAAGACUAAUUUCCUUCUGUUCUGGUGAAUUCUUAUAUUAUUUCUUUAAUAAUUGCCACAUUUUCUCCGUGUUAUUUCUUUCUGGCAUUUCAGCAUUGAUCUCCUGUUUUUCUUAUCUUUCUCUCCUGCUUUCUAUCCCUUUGUCUUCUGUUUUUAACUUUGUGGGAGAAUUUCCUUGAUUUUAUCUCUGACCCUUUUUGGAGCAUAGAUCACCUGUCGCUUCUUGUUUAAAUUUUUUUUCACCCCCACACUGUGCUGCUUGUGAGAUUUUUUUUUUUCGUUCUCCAAGGAGGGGUUGAUCCUGGGGCCAUGGCAUUGAAAGCACCAAGUUCUAACCACUAGAGGGCCAGGGAGCUCCCUCGUGUUUCUAAUUUCCAAAAGGUCAUUCUUCCUUUCUGAUCUUUUUUUUUUUCCAUUUAUUUUUAUUAGUUGGAGGCUAAUUACUUACAAUAUUGUAGUGGUUUUUGUCAUACAUUGACAUGAAUCAGCCAUGGAUUUACAUGUAUUCCCCAUCCCGAUCCCAUCUCCCCUUUUCUGAUCUUUUUAUAGGUUUCUGGUCUUGUUUCAUAAAUCCAGUAUCCUCCCCUGGUGUAUUAAAGAGUUUUUUACUUACCUCAGGUUGCCAUAACAAAAUAUCAUACACUGAGUGGCUUGAACAGCAGAAAUUUAUUUCUCACAGCCCCAGAGACUUGAAAGUUGAAGAUCAGGAUGCUGGCAAAGUAGGUUUCAUUGUGAGGCUUUUUGCCCUGUACGUGGCCAUCAUUUUGCUGUGUGCUCCCUGAACCCCAUUCUGUGUAUGUACACUUGGAAAGAGCAGUCUCUCUCUUGUUAUAAGAACACUAAUCUCAUCAUAAGAUCUCACCCUCACGACCUCAUCUAACUUCAGUGACCUCCCAAAGACCUCCAUCUCCAAAUUUCAAUACAGUAAGGGCUAGGGCUUCAGUAUAUGAAUUCAGGGGCAGACACAAAUAUUCAAGCCAAAAUAGGUCUUUUUUUUUUUUAAGAGGUUUUUUUUUUUUUUUUUUAAGUUAUCUCUGGAAUUGUUUACUCUUAAGUAUAACACUGUCUGGAACUGCACUAAACAUUUCACAUUGAUUUUUCUUAAUUCUCAGUGGGACUCUUGGUGCUGCCCACUGCUCAUUCAUUUCACUCCUAGGUCUCUUUUAUCCCCCCUUUCUCUUUUUUUCUCCAAACUGUCUAUCACCUGACUCCCAACCCUUUUAUCUCACCAUCUCAAUACUUAACUACUCCCUUACAGCCAAAAUUCUGUGGGUUUUUGUCUUUGUUUUCCUUUUGGUCUCAGUGAAAGAUGUUUUUUCCUCUUGGCGACUAGCCUCACCAGGGACCCAUUCUCAGUAUUCUGCCCCCUCCUAGGUCUCCAAGCCACUUUGAUCCUCACCCGGCUGUGCCGUUUACCUGUCCUGUUCUGUCUAACCCUCAGCAAAAAGAGGCAUGCUGGAAAGAGGAGAUCAGACUUGCUGUUUCUCUUCAUUGUCAUGUUGCAUCUACCAUCAGCAUGUCUUUGAAACUACCCUUAACAGUAUCUCAGAAUAACUGAAUUUCCAAGAUUCUCAAAACAUCAAAAAGAUGACUUUUCUCGACAGGUAACUAAUGUGCUUACUGGUGUAUUUGAGGAUUUCCACGAUUCCACUCAUUAUACAAAAUGGAGGACUUUCAUUCAUCGAUUUUUAAAAAUGUUGUGACCAGAUACUUACUUGAGGCUAAGGUUCAGAAUGUGAUGUAGGUGUAGCUUUGAUAAGCUUUUAAUCAGUAGGAUUAUGUUUUCAACACUGAAUAUAAAAUAUGCAAACAGCUCUUGGUAAACUUGGCAAUUGUGAAGGAAGAGUGAUGAGGAUAAAAAGAGCAAAUUCUUAAAAAUUUCUUCCAAACUUAAUUUGCAGUGUACAUUUGAGUAAUGGACUUGCCUUGCUGAUAAUUUUUAGCUCUGAAAUGUGUUUAUGUUCUUGAGAAUAUUCACAUGGGCACCUAGAGGAGAAAGACUUACCUAGGAAUGUGCUGAGUGAUAGAGGAAAGCCAGCUCAACCUUAAAAAUGGCAUAAAUUCUUAGUCAGAAAUUGAGUUGAUGAGUACCUCUUUUUUUUUUUUUUAAGAGAUUUAUAUAGCCUGUCACCGUGAUUAUAACAUUUUAACCUAUGCAUCUUGGUUUUUGGUUAGAGGAAAAGACUAAAAAGAUUGUUUUUCUAGAAAACAGAAUAUGUUCAGUAUAUAUUGAUAGUCUUUGUAUAAAUUUGUAACCCAAGAAGUUGAUUAUUUUGAAAGGAACAACACUCAUGUGGAUGUAUAGUUUCUGGUAUACUUGUUUAAAAGAUAAUCUCAUUACUUUUUAUCCACAGAUCCCAGUGUGUGUACUGUAACAGGUGAAAAAAUUUACCCUUGUGCUGCCCCCCGCCUUUUUUUAACAAUCAAAAUGGAAUAACAGUACCACAUACAUUCUUGUCUUUUAUUUUUAGAUCUGUAGAUACAUACAGUGUUGCUAUGAAUGCAUUGCCCAAAAAAAUGUUUUUCUCUAUUUUUUAACUACUUUAUCCUGACUUCUCCUAUAUUUAAAAACAGAAGUGCACCAUUUUCAAAAACUAUUUGAUUUGGGCCAUAAGAUGAAAGAAUGUCUAAAAGUACAAUCUGAUUCUGAUUAAUAUAUUGUCUUUAAAAUCUUUAAGGAGUUUUGUGGUUGAAGCUAGAAGACAUCUUAAUCACAUUCAGUAUUCCUUAUUCUUUAGGAUACUAUAAGUUUUGCUGCUAGUAACUUUGUUGAAGAGCUUUGUUUUUCAAUAAACUCUAAAAAAAAACCUUUAA